GGAAGAGGCACGGAGCCCUUUGGAGGAGAGAGGAAAAAGGAGUGUGUAGCGGUAACGUUAUGACAAGCCGUGUUUGGAGUUGAAGUAGCGAAGUUGGCUUUAGGUUAGAGGGGAGCGGACUGACCGAGAACCGGGAGCAAAAAGACGCUGGAGAGAAAAAACGGGACUUUAUCCGAGGUUAGUCUCUCUAUCCCGCUCUCCAUCUCUCUCUCCCUCUCUCUCUCCCCCUCUCUCUCACGCACACGUACACACAGAGAGAGACUCGCUCCAAACACAUUAACCCACAGUAGAGUGAAACAACAGGGUGGGAGAUAACUAGUGCACAUCGCGGAGCUUCGGUGCGGGCAGACUGAGCGUCCUCCCCCGGCUGUAGAGGCUGCUGACUGGGACUUAACGGACCCGCGUAAAUAUCUAUUGAAUUGAGAGGAUGAUUUGAAAAGGAUGCCUUGAGGGAAAGAGAGCGGCAGAGAGACAGAACAUGGAUAACAAAGGGCGGUGCUCUCUAACACUCCAGCUUUCCUGCUGAAGCAAACACCAGUGAAGUCUACCUUGAGGAUACUAGACGCCGGCCCAUUUCUGCUAACCUGUGAGGGAACUUUUCAUACUGAGCCACGUGAGCCACAGAGCGGACUACAUACAGUACAUGCGGUCAUAGGGCUCUGCUGCCUCUAAAGAUCAUCUGUGUGAACUGAAAAGGAAGCGAUUAAACAUUUAACAGAAGAGAGUGAGGCGGAAACUGAGAGGGAGGUAUAAAGAAGCCUCUCAACCCAACUCUUACAGCCUGAAUUCUGCACCGGACCAAACUGUCUUUCACAGCCUCAAACAUACUCAAUAGCAUCACUGAACUGUGAAAUUUAUAUUAUAAUAUUUGUUAUAAUAAAACUAAUAAUCGUAAGGACUCUUUGCUGGAUAUUUCUGAGCUGUGGAAAUCCCUCUUAUUAAUUAAAACCACUACCUGGUUAUUCAAAGCAAGUGUAGCACGGCACUGUACUAUUUUUGCAUGACCCACUGCUUGCUGGAGUAUCCAGGAUUGCUUCUGACUUCGAAGAAGGACCCUUGAGCCCUCAACCAUCUUCUGACUGUCUGCCCAACUGUAGCAUUUGGGUGUGGAGCGGUGGUUUCAGAAUUAGGCCUCUGGACGAUCGUUGAAGAUGACUUGAGUUGGCAGGCCUAAAAGCCCCUUACCCCAGAGAGAGAGAGAGAAAGAGAGAGAGAGCUUGGCAGUAGGACACACACAACACAAAUGUGGGUGCCGAGGCGGCUUUGAGCCAUGCUGGUGUUGCAACUCGCAGAGCCCUGGAGUACAGGCUAUCAUCAUCCCUAUCAUCAUUCACCCAAGCUGAGGAAGAUUCAACGGCCUCGAGGAGCGCGGCUACACUUGUGAACGAUUCAAAGAAGACUUGGAAACUUCGCUAACACACAGAGAGAUCCACGGCUACAUCUUCAAUCACACACACAGAAACACUAAUACUCCUCUCCACAAAUCCUUGAUACAGGAAAAACAAAGCUUCGGCGGACGUGAAAGGCACAGAGACUGAGCAGGAACUGUGCAUCAACAUGGCAGCUGAGAGUCUUGCUGAGCUCCGCGAUUGGCUCUUUCUGCUCCUCCUGUGCCUCACCUUAUUGGCUGAGGUGUUGGAACUGGCGGCAGCGGCAAUUGCCAUGGAGACGGGCGAGGGAGAUGAGGGCAUUAUUUGUCCCUCUGUGUGCCGCUGUGAUGAGGGUUUUGUCUACUGCAAUGACCGUGGCCUCAGUAUAAUUCCUCCACUACCAUUAAUGGCCGCCAUCCUAUACUUGCAAAGCAACCGGCUGAGUAACGCAGGCCUGCCUCCAUCACUGGAACGCAGCACUUCCAUACGAGUGAUUUACCUGUACGCCAACCAGUUGGAUGAAUUCCCUAUACACCUCCCCCCUUCGUUACGGGAGCUCCAUUUGCAGGAUAAUAAUAUACGAACGUUACCGAGAUCAGCUCUGGCCAAGUUACCAUUACUAGAACGUUUGCACCUGGAUGAUAACUCCAUAUCCACAGUUAGCAUCCAGGAGCGAGCUUUUUCUGGGACUCCACGACUUCGACUACUGUUUCUUUCUCGGAACCACCUGUCAAGCAUCCCUGCAGGCUUGCCAGCAUCCUUGGAAGAGUUGCGACUGGACGACAAUAGAAUCAGCACCAUCCCCACACAUGCCUUCCGUGGGCUCUCCUCCUUGCGACGCUUGGUCCUGGAUGGGAACCUGUUGGCAAACACACGCAUUGCAGAUGACACCUUUUCCCGACUCUCCAACCUGACGGAGCUGUCACUGGUCAGGAAUGCCCUUCAGUCUCCGCCAGUCUACCUACCUUCGGCUCACCUCGUGCGACUCCAUUUGCAAGACAACGGAAUGACUCACAUACCACGGGGAGCGCUGGACGGGAUGCGGCGGCUACAGAAGCUGGACCUUUCAGGAAACAAUCUGACCACUCUCCCACGAGGGCUUCUGAAAGACACAGAAGGCCUGGAGAUGCUACUGCUGCGAGGAAAUCCCUGGUACUGUGGCUGCAACCUUCGCUGGCUCCAUUCAUGGCUGCACAGCCGGGGGGCAGGGGUGACAGUCAGGGGUCUGACCUGUCAGGGGCCCGAGCCUGUAAGGGGCCAGGCUCUCAGAGAACUAACCUCCCUGAUGGAGCAGUGUGAAGGCCCCCCUGCUGGUCCCAGUGCUGGAAUGGGGAUGAACCCAGCAGAAAAAGAUGGAGGAGGUGAAGAUGACGUUGGAGGGGGCCAAGCAGUGGCUUCAGUCCCCCCUGGCAGCACCACCACAACCUCUCUGCUGGUCCCCACACAAGGUUCACUCUUCACUCUGCGCGCCAAGCGGCCAGGCCUUGUUAUGCCUCUGCCUCCCGGUGAAGGGGGGCAGGUAUCUGGAGAGGCCCUGGAGCUGACUGUAAAACAUCUCUCUUCGGACAGUGUGCUGGUGAGUUGGCUGUGCCCAGAGCCGGCACCCUCCUUCCGCCUGUCGUGGCUGAGGUUGGGUAGCAGUGCUGCUCUUGGUUCCAUAACAGAGACUCUGGUACCUGGAGAGAGGAGGCAAUACCUCCUUACCCAGCUUACCCCACGCUCCCAUUACCUCAUCUGUUUGCUGCCACUACGACAGGAACCCUCUUUUGGGGGUUCCAGCAUGGGUUUAUCUCGAGUUGGCAGCAUGGACACGGACAGUAAAGACUCGAGCCCGGCCUGCGCUCAGAUAGAAACUGGAGAGGCUCUGGUCAACACAGGAGAGGAAGGGUCAGAUAAAGACGGACAGGACUCAGAACUAACAGCCCUGCCAUUGGCUGGGAUCAUAGGGGGUGCCACAGCAUUAGUAAGCCUGCUGUUAAUCUUUGGCAUCUUCUGCUGGUAUGGACAGAGAACAAGUUACGUGUCCGGGGAUUCAGGCACAUACAGCAGGGGCCGGGGUGGAAAACAUUAUGAUGACUAUGUAGAGUCAGGCACCAAGAAAGACACUUCCAUUUUAGAGAUCAGGGCCCCUCCUGCAGGGUUUCAGAUGACAGCUAUGGCGCAUCAGCCCCUGCAGCCUAAGCUGGACGAUGUCACCUACAUCCACACCAUUUUCCCCUCUUCUUCCACUUCCUCCCAAGCUAACGGAACCUACCGGAGCAGCCACGGAGCCGGCAGCCUCAAUGGCACCAUCCUCAGCCAAACCAGCCACCAUCAUGUCACUUAUGGUACCAACCGUGGCUACAGAGAGGGUGGCAUCCCCGACAUAGAUUAUGCCUACACGUGAUGAUACAGGGACACACUGCCCAAGCCACGAUUGCCCCGCGCCAUUUCUAUGAUGACGACCCCUUGGCUGGUGGCCAUUUUGUCCUUGGUUUCCAAAGUACCCUCUGUGCCUCUGAUGGUUCAAUUCUGAUUGGUUUGCUAAGUAGAAAAGACUGAUUUCAGCUAUCUUGAUUGGACAUUGCUAUUAAGUGACAGAAGUAACAGUCCUACUAUACUCUACUACUGUAUACUACUUUAUACAGUAAGUCUUUCUUUCUGCGCUACUUAUAGUUAUAAAUGGUUAUGUUUUCUCUUUUGGAUAUCUCAGUGUCUUUUAAACCUACUGUUCUUCUCAGCUCAUAAUAAUACACAGUAACUUAUUUGAGGUUGAUAUACUAGGCUUAGCUGAUUUAGCAGGAGAUAUAUUUAUAAUAUGAGGAAAAGGCACUUGAUGUGUAUAGAGAUAGCUCUCAUAUCUUCCUACCAACUGUAAGCUCUGUGCUGUAUAGAUAAAAGGGAUGACAGAGGGAGAAAUCAAUGGUUGUUAUAACCCACAGAUGACAAUGCAUCAUGGUUGACAUGAAAAGAUGUGUUACUAGCCCCCUCCUUUCCCUCUAGUUCACUCCCCUCCUUUUUAAUUUUUACACGUUUCAGCCUCCUUUUCUUUUUUGUGGCUGAGGCUCUUUCCUUUCAUUUCUCUCGUGUCUUUUGUGGUGCCGUGAGCAGAGGACGACUUUGUUCUCGCCAAGGGAGCUGACAGCAGUGAUAACAGUUCUGACAGAGACGGGAGACACUAAUGAGAGAGAGAGAGAGAGAGAGAGAGAGAGAGAGAGAGAGAGAGAGAGAGAGAGAGAGAGAGAGAGAGAGAGAGAGAGAGAGAGGGGGUGAUGGAUAGAUGGAUGGUUAGAAAAGAAAAUAAGACACGGAAAGAGAGCGGGGUGCUGUUUUGGGGAUGGAGGCACUUAGAGAGGUGUGUUGGCUUAAGGCAGACAGCAAGGACAGAACAUUUGAGAAAAAAGGAAGAUAAGAGAAAAAAAGGGCGUGUGACAAAUGCAGCAGCAGGAGGUAAAAAAUCAGACAAAGGGAAAAGAAGAUGGGGGACCGAGAAGGAUACGUGCGGGGUAAAGAAGAGGGGUCACAACUGGAAUAAUGUAACAUCAUCAUCCAUAAAAUGGCUCAAGUUUUGCCAUCAACUACUGCACACUUCAAGGACUGGUGUUUUCAGUUGCCUGUGAUCAUUACAAGUGAAAGAGUCAAACUUUAUUUUUUGGGCAGUUUCCACCUGUAUCUUCAUCAUAACACGGAUCCAUUUACAUGCCAAUGUUUGUAGGACAACACGAAGAAGAGAGGCAAGGCAAUCAGAGAAAAAUAUAAACAAGUUACAUUAUUGUCAAUACUGCAGGACAAAUGAGUAUCUUGAGAAGAAAGGCUGUGAAAAAUCUCCCCAUCAGAAUUUUUUAAAAUGUGUACCCAUGAACCCACUUUCUAUUGUGGUCUGGUCUCAUUAUUAAAUUACCUUUUUGCAAAUGAAGUGAAAUAAAUCUAAUUAUACAUCUUUUAAUAGUAACCCAUUAUCAUCUCUGGUUAAACCUUUUAGAUUUAGCAGCUAAUCAUUUCUGUUUUAGCAGCUAAUCAUUUUUGGGUGGAAGGCGGAACUUACUCUAGUCUAAUUACUCUUUGCUAAAAAAAAUAUCAUAACAAUCUAUGUUUUUUCAAUUAUAUUCAAAAGUACAAGAAGGUAGGAGUGGGCAAUAUGUAUAAAAUCAUCUAUCAUAGUAUAUUUAAUUUCAUAUUGUGAUAGUUAUAUGUAUAUUGGGACAUAGUACUUGGAAUAUAUGGAUUGGGAAACUGAUUAUAGAUCAAAUUACCAAAUUAUAGCACUUCAUCACAUUGAUGCAAAAAUCAUAUGAAAUUCCAAUACUGCCAUGAAGUAGUGUUGCUUUUUUUUUGGAAACAGAAUGGCCGUAUACCACCAGAGAUAUUAAAGUGAAAGCUUCAACUAAACAAAACAUUCAGUCUAUUAAAUCGAUCAACAGGAAAUUAAUCUGCAACUAUUUUGAUAAAUGAUCCAUUAUGAUAAUUAAAGUAAUUUUCUAAGCAAAUAUGCUAAAUAUUUAUUUGCUUCAGAUUGUGCCAUUUGUGAGUAUUUUAGUCUUAUCUGACAGUUUUCCACUGUUAGUUGGAUAGAACAAGCAAUUUAAAGACAUCACUCUGGGCAGUAAAUUGUGGUGAUAGACAUUUGUUAAUAUUGAUAACAGUUUAUAGAAAAACUGACAAAUCAACUAAUUGAAAAGAUAAUUAGCAGAUUAAUCACAUAUUUGUCUCACAGUAUCUGUCAUCAUAUUGCCCCAUCCUAAAAGAGGGCAUUUUAAUUUGGAGUAAUACUUUAAAACAGCUGAAAUUUCAAACUUGAGGAAAAUGACAUAAGUUUUCAUGUCGUCUCAGUUGUAUAGGCCCUACUACAGCAUAGACGCAGUUCUGUGAACAGGGAUCACAGCCUGACCACUACACUGCGCAUUUUAACGGGCAAACAAACAUUUAUUUACAUGAAGGAGGUAGCGGCACCUGCUUUCUGACUGCCUCUCACUGACCCCGCUAAUAUACUUUACAGGAGGAUAAACAUCAAAGGAAAACACUGACAAACAGCCAGAGAUGAAAAGAGGAAGAGGAGAGGCUAGUAGACAAAUAAAGAGUGAGGGGGCAUAGAGGGAAGGAUGAUGCUGAGUGAUAUACGUAUAUAUCGAGCCUGUAAGUGUCAAAACUGAUUCUUACUUACUUUAAUAUUGGACGAGCUCCGAUGUGGAUUUUUUUGUAUUCUUUUGCUGCAUUUGUCUUUGUUUUCUUUUUUUAAGAGCACUGAAGCUUCCUUUCAUUCUGUGCAGAAAUCCUUUUUCCUUUUAAAAAUGUCACCCUCAGAUGUGAUAAUGAAAACACUCUUAUGUAUAAACAUAAAAAUGGGUGCAAAAUGCUAUUCCAUUUAUUGGUCUGUCGUCUUUUUUUCUACACAGAUGAAUAAAGACUUCUAAAAGGAAAAGUAGUUUCAAGAGUCUGCCUGUCUGUCUGUCUGUCUGUCUAUGUGUGAGGUUCAUUAAAUCUGAAACAAAGGCUGGAGCGAUAUCAAAUAAUGCACUGGGAUGGCUUAAAAAAAAAAAAAAAUCAAUGGGAAGCUCAAGAUUAAUAAUAUGAUUUAUGACGAGACGGAGUGGACCUCGUUAAAUCACACACACUGGAUGAAUACAUCAGCUGCUCCAAUUCAAUUUGGAAGAUUCUGCCAGCCCAGAGCAGACGCAUGUGUUAUUAACCCUGGGAAGUUUGCGUGUUAGCGUGUGUUGUAGUUUCACCAGGCGAAACUGUGUGUGCAUUUGUGUGGAUGUGUUUCUGCUUCGUGCUUCGGAAGACAUGCCUCUCAUUCUAAGUGAGUGCUAAUACUUGUGUAAGCAUGGAUCAAUAUAACGAACGGGGGAGUGUAUAAGUGUCCAUCUUAGAGUAACUGCUUGUGUUGGGUGUUUGUGAAGGAGAGAGUCAGAAAGAAAUGUACUUUAUGUUGACAGAAAUGGGUUCUUGUACUAUCUGUGUCUGAGAGGGGGAUAAAAAGAGACUUCAUAUUAAUGUUUAUCUUAAGGACUUUUGAUUAUAUGUCUGUGUGCAUGCGCCAACGCAUGCAGUAAAUGUGAUGCAGCUGUAUCUCCACGCCUGUGCUCUUAACGACAAUGCCCUGAGUUCUCAUCCGUCAUUAUGAAAGCCUUUCACUGUCGCAGUCCAUUAUCUAGCGUCAAGCCCUCCAGCUUAAUUAUUCUAACUCACAUUACACCCAACAAAAAGAUGUAUGCUCAGAGACUCGAGCACAAAUAUGUGUCUGAAAUUUACUCUUGCACUACAACAAAUGGGAUCAAAAUGGGAUUUUUAGAUAUGCCUCUAUUGUGUUACUAAAAUAGUAAACAUCUUUAGGGUAUCAAACACGUUCUACAUGGAUUGUGAAUAUGAGCACAACAGUUGUGUCUUCAAUUUCGAUGACUUGCCUUUUAAUUCAGUGCCGUUCUGAAUACUUUGCCUCCAUUUCUUUAACAAAUGAGCUCAA